UGUAGUUUCUGUUUCACGGGGAGAUAAAUGCCCAGCGCACUGGUGCUGCUGUUCACGGUCUAAAGCAGCUUCCUGAGGCUGCAGAGCCACGUAGUCUGGUCCUAAACCAACACUAAAGACCAUCCACAGUCACCUCAUGAGAGCACAGCAGCCCCGAUGUGUGUCACGAUUACAAACAGUCAUGUGUGGACUUGAACAUGAUCGCAGGAAAUCAAGUUGCUCCUCCGCUUCGUGGCCCGUCGUGCGUAACAGGGAAGUGAGUCCAACCUACUUUCUGCGUUGCUGAAAGUUGUCUGCGCUCUGUGGGAUCUGCUCGGGGCUCAAAGUGCACCUUUCCCCCCCACCUCCUUCGGGUUUAUUUGACGGUACAUGUCCAGCUUUCAGGCUACAAACAUCAACGUUCAACUCGGUGAUGGAGGCAGGAAGGGUUCAGUAGGCUGCUGGUGCCAGGCAGAACGAGGAGGAAGAGACGACGACCACAGCGGUUUUUCAAUGUUUUGAAAUCUCUGUCUAACUGUAGCCCUGCUUGAUCAUGGCCCAGUGGAUACACAUGUACCAGAUGCUGCAGUGCCUGCCUGAUGACACAGUCAACAGCCUUUAUCCUCCAGCAACCUUCCCCAUUGAAGUCCGACAUUAUGGAGCUGAUUGGAUCGAGAGCCAAAGAUGGGAGGACUUUUCUAUGGAAAAGAUGGAGCAGGAGAGCAAGGCUCAGACUCUUUUGGAACAAACCGUCAGCAUGCUGCAGACAAUCGCUCAGCAGAAAACCGACGUAGUGGAGAGGAUGAAGCUGAUGCAGAUCAGCAGGAACAUGGCGAUGUUUCAGCCGCAGCCUCUGCAGUUUGUAGUAAUGGUCAGGGACAUCCUCAGGAAGGAAAGGGUUCUGAUCAGCGCGAACAACGCUCCGCAGUACCAGAUGUACCCGAGCAGAGACAACAUGCAGGACGUGGAGCAUCUGGGUGCGAAGGUCGUGGAGGUCCAGAAUAUCCGGAAGAAGAUGCAUCAGCUGCAAGAAGAGCUGAACUGGGAGAGGCAGAACUUUGAGAGCUUACAAGGACCAUUCCAGCAGAAUGGACUGGAUUCAGCACGAGCAGAAAUCCAGAAACUCCAGAACCACAUCCAGCAGCUGGAGUUCAAUGUGAACACGAUGGCCACGAAGCGUUUCCAGCUGCUGAAGGACUGCGUGGACUGUUUGGACCUCUGUCAGAGCCGACUCAUCACCAGGCUGAAGGACUGGAGGUGGGAGCAGCACAAGGCAGCCAUCGGACAUCCGUUCGAUGACAACCUCAUCCCUCUGCAGAACUGGUGUGAGCAGCUGCUUGGGAUGAAUGGAAACCUGAGACAAGAGCUGAUGUUGAUUGGAGAACGGAUCUCAGACCUCCAGGAAAGACUGGGCCAGCUUCUACAGGUUCUGAUUCAGAGCUCUCUUGUAGUGGACAAGCAGCCUCCUCAGGUCAUUAAGACUCAGUCAAAGUUCUCCACCACUGUGCGAUAUCUGCUGGGGGAGAAAGUAGCUCCCGGGAAGCCUGUGGUGCUGAAGGCGCAAAUCAUUAAUGAGCUGCAGGCCAGAAACCUGGGCGGUGUUCCAGGGGAUAAUGUCGGGGAGCUGAUCAACAACUCGGCCAUCCUUGAACACAACACAGCCAGCAAGAGCACAUGUGCCACCUUCAGAAACAUGUCCAUCAAGAAAAUCAAAAGAGCAGACAGGAAAGGAUCAGAGUCUGUGACCGAGGAGAAAUUUGCCCUUCUGUUCUCCACAGAGAUCACCAUCACAGGCUGUGACACUCCUUACAGGAUACAGAUGAUCUCGCAGCCGGUUGUCGUCAUCGUUCACGGCAGCCAGGACAACAACGCUGUGGCCACCAUCAUAUGGGACUGUGCAUUUUCUGAGCGAGACAGAGUUCCCUUCGUGGUGCCGGAGCGUGUGCCCUGGAGGAUGAUGUGCAGCACCCUCAACUGUAAAUUUACCUCUGAGGUCCAGACGCAACAUAAUCUGGACCACUACAACCAACACUUCUUGGCCCAGAAGAUAUUUGACAAGCCCGACUUUGCUGAAGACUUCAGCAACAUGAUGGUUUCCUGGGCCCAGUUUAAUAAGGAGGUGCUCCCAGGACGACCGUUCACUUUCUGGCAGUGGUUUGAGGGAGUGAUGGAACUAACCAAGAAACACCUGAAGACCUACUGGAGCGAAGGGCUGAUAUUUGGUUUCAUUGGGAAACAACAUCUGCACCUGAUUCUCAAAGACAGGCCCAAUGGGACGUUCCUGCUUCGCUUUAGUGACUCUGAGAUCGGAGGCAUCACCAUCGCUUAUGUGUCCGCUACUGAAAAUGGGGGACAGAAAAUCCAGAACAUCCAGCCUUUCACCAAGAGGGAUCUCGAGAUCCGUAGCCUUGGCGACCGCAUCCGGGACAUCAACCACAUCACGUACCUGUAUCCUGAGUUUCCUAAACAUGAAGUUUUCAAAAAAUUCUACACAGAGCCUCAAGUGCAGUCAUGUACCACGGGUUACAUCCCUGUGUCCCUCCAUACUAAAGUCGGCACGGAUGCCACGCCUAUGGGUCCCCAUAUGGCUCCUCUUGCUGAAAACGCUCACUUCUCUGUGGAUGCGUCAGCCCUGGGUGCUAGUUUGGCACCUCUCAAUGAAAACCAUCCCAGUGCCUUCCUAGGGGAUGCCACUCCCUCACCUCCCAAUAUGGCUUCUCUGAAUGAAAACUCUCACGUGGGCUUCAGCGUGCAUCCGUUCCAGUCACCAUUCAACUCACAGGAGAUCCCUUCAGACAUAAUUGAAUCUCCCACUACUCCUCACCACAUUCCUGCAGGGAACGAUAUGGACAUAGACUUGGACAGCAUUAUUGAGACUCUGAAUUCUUAAAAAGAUUUCCUGUCAGCUGUUGUCGGAGUGCAAAGCAGACGUUAAAUAGAGACUGAAGCCUCAUCUGCCUUACGUUCGUACGAGGGAUGUGCCCUCGUCUGUGCAAAUUCUCUUCUUUCGACACCUACGCUGUCAUGUACUUUUGAGUUAAAACUCUUGGGAGACAAAUGUGAUUUCUGUGGGACUCAACAUGCUGAGCUGAUGCUACAAGAAGGCAGGAAGUCAUUUCAAGGGCAAAGUGAGACUGAGAACAAACGAGAAGGAAAACGCUGUCACAGCAUCGGCGUCUCGUUGUGCACGUCUCCAAGAACCUUUUGUUUCCCUCACCUGGUGGUCGGUUUGUCAGUGUUGAUUUCUUUUACUUACUUUGCUUGUGUCGAGCAGUAGAAGCAGGUUACUGUACAGAUUACAGGGCUCUUUCAACAACAAGCAUGGAAUAUGUUGCAUGUUGUCCUCUGUGCUUGCUGUAUAUUUUUUAGUGAAGAUGAAUCGGGCAUAUUUCAAUAGUAUUUCCACAUUUGUGUUUUCUUUUAUAUGUACAUACCUACAGCAAGCUUUCUUGGAUAAUUUUAAUCAGUAUUUUGUAUGUUUAUUCUUUCUCAACUGCUUAAUUGUGAAAAUAGUGAGCUGGAUAUAAAUUUUAUUUCUCACUUUGAUGCCCUAAUGCAGAAAGAAACACACAAAAAAGAUAUGCAAGUGAUGAAACUGUGAUUUUAAAAAAAGUACAAAUAUAGUCCCUAUAUGCUGAAACACAAAUUCUAAACUUAGAUUUUAUUUUUUAUUGUUGUAAUGUUGAUUUAAAGGGGGAGUCUGGACAGAGAUAGUUUAUUUUUUACAAAGUAUGAGGAAUUAUUGAUUGUAUUUGUCAAUGUCUAUUGAUAUUGAUUGAGAAUUGCAUAUUCCACCUUUAAGUAUCGCAUAAGAUGUAUAUUUGCAGGGUUUUUUUUUGUUUUUGGGAUAUGGUUUUAAAGAUUAAAUAGAAACUAGGGAUGGUGUACAAGAUGAAAAGUAAAGCACCUCUGCAGUUAUUAGGAAACGUCACAGUAAAGAACAAUAUUAUUCUUAAACUGGUCCUGGGUAUCUUUCGCUCUAAAUCGUACUGCUCAUAAACCAACUUUUGCUUUUAUAGCAGGCUUUUCACCACCUACCAUCACUAUCAACACCAUGCAUGUAAUAAUAUAACAGUGUGUUGGAUGUUUCAUGUUGCAUAUACCCUUACUCAACCUUUUAUAACUCGUAGACUGACUUUGGAUAAGCGAACCUGAUGCUACUACUACAAUUCAUCUUCCACUGUGGUGACAAAUAAAAUCUCAGUUUUUCUCAAAAUAUCCAAAAUAUUUGUGUAAAUUUAUUUACAAGACAUUGCUCAUUUCCCUUAAGUUAAGAUUCACUAAUAUCACAGCUCUUAGUGGCAAAUUUGAAAUCACUGCACAUAGAGGAUUAUUUUCUAACAGACAGAUGAAUUGCAACCUUCACUGCCCGUGUGGCAUCACAGAUAGAACCUCAUCUCACAUCCUUUAUGUAAAUGGUUCUAGGUUUAGGUGUGAGAAGUGUAGUAUGUUAUGUUGGAUACAUCUAUGAUUUGCUUGUUCAGUGUAUGCAAAUGUAGGUCUGUCUUGUCUGGAACCAUCUAUUUAUUUUUCUACAUUGAGUCUAAAAGAAAACAGACAAAAAGGAAUUGAAAGCUUUUUCAGAUUUUUUUUGACAUAUAAAAAUAAUGAAUCAAUGGCAUUUUGAUUGGGAAGGUAUGCCUGUUACCAUGAAGGCUGUCCAUUGAAUCAAAGCAUAUUGAUGUGUAACAAAACUGGCAUCACUUCCAUGAUCCAUCAGCCAAAGAGGAGACGUGUCACUAGCAUGUCAUAUUUCCUGUCCAUCCAGUUUCAACAAUCAUGAAAUGGGUUUUUUUUUUUUUU